AUGCUGCCUGGUGGGGGGAGUGGUGGGUCCGUAUGGUAUCGGCGGCUGCUACGACAACGGCCUUCUUCUCCUGAGAACCUGCUCAGAACACCGCCGCCGCCGCCGCCGCCGCCGUCUCCUCGGCGUUUACAAAGGUGGGACUGCGCUAUCUCUAAAAGGCGUGAUCGGCAGGAAGUUCCGGUGACAAAAGUAAUAUGCUAUGCCGAUGGUUGUAUGGAUCCCUGUAUCUUCACCCCCAUUAUGAGACUGCAGCCUCACAAGGUUAGCGACCGCCACGUAGUCUGAAUACUGUUCUGUUGGAUUUUUCAGCCCCCCGCUUACAUGCCAGCAAUCACUUAGCCCAGAUCCUGGAAGAACUGCCGGUUCCGACUACAACACCGCGCAGACUGGUGGUGUUGGACUUGGAGUGCUGUUCACUUGACUGCUGUGGACAUCCUCGGUUACGCCCGUUGCGAACAACAGGACUGCCUCCAAGACAACAACGCAGACUUCGGAGACCUGCUGGCCGAAAUGAACAGACGGCCUAUGUUUAUCGUCGGACCGACGCACGCAACCAGACUUCAUCAGAUGUCGCCGUCUUGUGCGGCAACAACCGCGGGAGAUGCAGGCAGUCUGGAUGGCUCGAAAAGCCGAGGAAAUCUAGGGGUAUGCUGACCGCAAUGAAAUUAAGAACUUUUUUGCCUUCAUCAAGACGGUCAACGACUCCUGGAUCGAAGGAAUCAGUGCCGAUGGGACAGUAUCCCUAACGUAGAAAUCGUAGCUUCUGACACGCUGUAUUGAACACUUCAUAACUGUCCUUAAUCUCGCAUCCACGACCUCAAACAGCGCCAUCGACCGGCUCCCUCAUGUUGAAACGAAUAACGGCACAGAUAUCCCGCUUUCCCUCCCAGUAACAGUCAAGUCCGUGCAGCAGCUGUACAGCGGGAAAGCGCUGGGAUCCGACGUGAUCCUGACUGAAGUCUAUAAGCACGGCAGUCCCGGCCGAUGGACAGACUUACAAGGGUAUUCCAGAAGAUGUGGCGUCAAGAAAAAUUCCCUCCGGAUUUCAAGGACUCGAAAAUCGUCCAUCUCCACCGGUGGAAAGGAAGGCGGCAAGUCUGUGAUAACCACAGAGACAUCUCGCUGCUCAGCAUUGUCGGGAAGAUCUUCACUCGUAUCCUUCUCAGCCGUCCCAACGGCCAUCUAAAACUGAUACAUAUCCCCGAAAGUCAGCGCGACUCCGACGACACCGCAUAACCACUGGCAUGAUCGUCGCCGUCCGCCAGCUGCAGGAGAAGUGCCAGGAAAUGCGGACCCACGUCCCUCCCACCUUCGUGGACCUGGCGAAAGCCUUUGACACAGUAAAUCGUGAAGGAUUGUGGAAAAUCAUGCAGAAAUGCGGUUGUUCUGAGUGAUUCACGCACAUGGUACGCCAGUGCCAUGCCGGGAUGAUGUCGCGCAUCAUGGACAACGCGCAAUAUCCGAGGCAUUCCCAGCGAUCACUGGAGUGAAAAAGGGAUCCGUACUCGCUCCCACCCUCUUCAGCCUCAUCUUCGCUGGCAUGCUGACUGACACCUACCUUGAUGAGCACCCUGGGAUACGCAUCACCUACAGAACUGAGGGACAUCUCAACAGCAGACGCCUAGAGGCCCCCGCGCGACUACCUACGAUUAUCGUCCACGGCCUGUUCUUCGCCGAUGACCAGGCGGUCAACACCACGACCGAAGAAGACGUGCAACGAAACAUGACCUCCUCGCCGCAGAGUGCACCAACUUCAACCUGA